AACAUUCACACACACACACACACACGCGAUCAAGAGAAAAACAAGACACACACUCACGAACAGCGGAUAGACGCAACACAAACGCGGCGCGCGUGCUGCUGCAGACCCGAAGAGCUGUACGCAGCGCAGAGGCGCACCAUGCCUUGUGCGGACGGUGAGCUGUGCCACCAACCAGACAAGACGCCGCAAGCCCCUCAUGGCCACGUCUGUCAUGGAGGAUGUGGCGGGCGGCUCCACGGCAACUGCGGCAGCAUGGUUGGCGACAUCGAAACAAGGCGAAUCUGCUGCUCGUGCGUCGCAAGAGCUGGCAAGCGCAAAGAGAUACCAGCUGAGGGUGCUGAGGGUGCUGGGGCGGGACCAUCUCAACGCCCGACGAAGAAGAAAUUUCUUCCGGCUACGAUGAGGAAGAUGAAACGGAAGAUGGCGGUGGCGGUGAGGACACGGGGCGCGAGCGCCGUGCUCUACCGGCUUAUAGUGAGCUGUCACCUCACUUCGGCGUCCUGGAAUCGGCAGCAGAUGAGAGUGGCAAUGGAGACGCGGCGUUCCAUCUGCAGAAAGCAAAAAUGGCGAUGA